AUGCGAUCCGCAUGUCCUUUAACGCCUGUAUGUGUAGGGAUAUUACGUCCAAAGAGGCAGAAGGCAAGUCAGCAACCACUGCGGUCGUUUGAAGGAAUGGACUACUGUCACAAGGGACUCGAGGAAUCCGCAACCGGAAUCGUCGAAAAGGAAUCCCCAGCUCAUUUAGAGCAACAAUGCUAUGAUCUAGUGCCACACAUUUGGGAAGCCCUGAGAUGGAGCCGCGGAGAUGCAGCUGUUCGGGAAUACCGAACGGUUGGAGAAAUGCUGGACGAUUUCCCGCGGCCCUUGAUCUCCAAGGAGGAGGAAGAGGAGUUAACCAGCCCGGAAGCGAUCCAAGAAAUUUUGGAUCGCUUCCAGGAGCUGGCGGAUAGAGAAGCAGCAGAAAGAGAGGCCAACAAUCGCUAG